AUGUCUGAUGAAGAGUCUAGACUACCUGCUACCUCAGAUAAUGUGGACAAUGCUGACAAGCAAGUGCAAUCGCGAAACAGAGAUCGCAGCAGAUCUGCGUCACCAAUCAAUGAGCGUUCACAGAAGAAGCUGAAGCCAAAGCGCAAGGAUGCAGGCUUUAAGUGGAAGGAGAAGAGACGAGACGAUGAUGAAGCCGAACGUGAUCAAGGUCUAAAGCGAGGUUAUAGAGACCACUACAAGCCAAGAGAAAGAGAGCGGUCAAGAUCUCGCUCUCCCAGGCGCCGUAACUACGAUGACUACGAGAGUCGAACAGGGGUGGAUCGCAACCGUGACCGUGAUAGGGAAAGAGACAGAGAUUAUGAAUCAAGACGACGAGACAGAGAUCGAGACGAUAGACGUGAUGACCGAUACAAACCGGAUGACAGAGAUCGUGGACGAGCUAGAGACGGGGACAGACAAGAAAAGAGAGAGAAGCCAGAAAAGAAGAAAGCGGCGCCAGCACCAUCUAUGCCACAACAAGAGAUGAUCUUGGUCACGGUGAAUGACCGACUCGGCACAAAAAAGCAAAUCCCUUGUUUACCCAGUGAUACAGUCAAGGACUUCAAGUCUGUGGUUGCUAUGAUGAUCGGUCGGCGGCCUCAUGAGAUUCUGCUGAAGAGGCAAAGCGAGCGACCAUUCAAGGACUUCUUGACACUGCAAGAUUAUGGUAUCAGUAACAACGUGCAGCUAGACCUUGAAGUCGAUACGGGUGACUGA